AUGCGUGGAUGGCUGCGUAAAGUUUGUUUUGAUUCAUCGCCUUCGGGUCCUGAUUGCUCCAGCUGCCUCACCUCAACAAUCAAAGCCCUCCUGGUCUCCUCUGCAAAUGUGCCACAGCUGCAGACCUCUUUAAUCCUUGUGUGUGCUCUCUCACAGUGGACCGACUUCUCAGACCGGACUCUGGCUCGCUGUCCGCACUGCAGAAAAGUCUCCUCCAUUGGUCGGCGGUAUCCCAGGAGGCGGAGUCUGCUGUGUUUCAUGUUGUUCGUGGUCAUCGCUGCUUCCACUGCUGGACUUAUGGUGGGCACGUGGGCGUCGGCCAGGUCGUCCCGUGGGAUCUAUGCGUCCUGGGUGUUCCUCAUGGUCCUAGCGUCCCUGACUCUGGCUCGCUCUCUGUACUGGCGCUGCCUGAAGAUCAGCGAGCCCAUCUCCAACGUCACAUAG